GGGAGCCUCGUUGCCACCAAUAGCCUGGCGCUCGAUCUUCCACGGUUGCCUCGCGCCUUCCGCAUCCGGUCAAAAGUCUGCCGUGCGGUAAGGUAGGUCUCGUAUCCAGGAUGGCCCGACGACGAAUUCGCCUGCGGGACCGACGAAUUCCUCUGCGAGCGUGUGCUCAAAUUAAGGGUGGAUGGGUGGCUCAUGUGCGAGGUGGGCGCACGCCUUCCCGAGGUGGCAGCGUCUGUCCGGGAGGCCUGCGUGCGUCUCUAGGGGCGCAUGCAGUCUUCCCAGAGGGGCGUGCAUAUGUGCGCUUGCCUUCGGCGUAUGUCCAAGCCAGACGCGCAGCUGUAGGCGAUACACCUGUCUGACGAGCGCGCCGACGGAGCCGGAGGGUGGGUUAUCUGCCACUGCACGCCCGCCUGCAACUCCAAGGCGCCUGAGUUGCAGGCCAGGUGACCCAUCCGUAGGUCCGUACAUAGACCCGGGAAGGGAGCGCGAAGCCUGCAAGCCGGCACAGCGGAGACUUGCUGUAUAGAAGGCUGUCACGAGCGUAGACAGGCAUCGCAAUAGAGUGCACUUGUAGCCUGAAAAAUCCCGG